GUCGGACUGACUAAUGGCGGCUCUCCUUCCUUCCUUCCCUCCCCCCCCCGCGCAGGUCCUCCUUCACGUCCUCUUCGAGCACGCGGCCGGCUACGCGCUCUUCGCCCUCCGGCAGGUGGAGGAGGUGGCUCUGCUGCUGCCCCAGGUGGAGGAGAGCGUCCUGAAUCUCGGCAAAUUCCUCACGGUGGUCAAACUCGUCGCCUUUUCCCCCUUCAAGUCUGCCCAGAGUGCCUUGGAAAACAUCAAUGCUAUCUCCGAAGGGAUCCUCCAUGAGGAUCUCCGUCUUCUCCUCGAGACGAACCUGCCGGCCAAAAAGAAGAAGGUCAUUGUGGGGGUCAGCGAUGCUAAAAUCGGGGCUGCCAUCCAGGAAGAGCUGGGCUUCCAGUGCCAGGCUGGAGGCGUGGUGGCUGAGAUCACCCGAGGUAUCCGGUUGCAUUUUCACAGUUUGAUCAAAGGUCUGACAGCGCAGUCCGCCUCCAAGGCUCAGCUGGGACUGGGGCAUAGCUACUCUCGGGCCAAAGUGAAGUUCAACGUGAACAGGGUGGAUAACAUGAUCAUCCAGUCCAUCAGCCUCUUGGAUCAGCUAGACAAGGACAUUAACACCUUCUCCAUGCGGGUCAGAGAGUGGUACGGAUAUCAUUUCCCUGAGCUGAUCAAGAUCGUGAGUGACAACUACACCUACUGCCGCCUCACCAAGCUCAUUGGGAACCGGAAGGAGCUGAGUGAGGAGAGCCUAGAGGCCUUGGAAGAAAUCGUCAUGGACAGUGCCAAGGCUCAGGCUAUCCUGGAGGCCUCCCGCUCAUCCAUGGGGAUGGAUAUCUCUCCCAUUGACCUCAUCAACAUUGAGAGCUUCUCCAGCCGCGUCAUCUCUCUCUCCGAGUACCGCAAAGGCCUGCAGGAGUAUCUGCGCUCCAAGAUGAGCCAGGUGGCUCCCAGCCUCUCAGCCCUGAUUGGAGAAGUGGUGGGUGCCCGCCUCAUCUCCCACGCUGGCAGCCUGACCAACCUGGCCAAGUAUCCAGCUUCCACAGUGCAGAUCCUGGGUGCAGAGAAGGCUCUCUUCAGAGCCUUGAAGACUCGGGGAAACACUCCCAAAUAUGGCUUGAUCUUCCACUCCACUUUCAUUGGCCGAGCAGCUGCCAAGAACAAGGGCCGGAUCUCCCGCUACCUGGCCAACAAGUGCACGAUUGCAUCUCGCAUUGACUGCUUCUCAGAGACCCCGACCUGCGUCUUUGGAGACAAGCUUCGAGAGCAGGUGGAGGAGCGCCUGGCCUUCUACGAGACGGGGGAGCCUCCGCGCAAGAACCUUGACGUCAUGAAGGAGGCCACAGAGGUGGCUGCUGAAAUGAAGAAGAAGCUGGAGAAGAAAGAGAAGAAGAAAAAGAAGAGAGAGAAGAAGCGGCUGGAAGCCCUAGAGGCCGCAGAGGAAAUGGAGAAUUCUGUGCUCGAGACGACGGCAGAGGAAAAUGAUGUCACGCCCAAGAAAAAGAAAAAGCGAAAGCACCAGGAAGAGGAGGACGUGGAGCCGUCUGAGAACGGCCUGGAGGAGGAAGAGGUCUCCCCCAAAAAGAAGAAGAAGCUGGGCCUUGUGGAGAUGCCCCACCCAAAGGGGAAAAAGACAAAGAAGAAAAAGGCCAGAAUGGAGGAAGGCCAGAAUGAGGAAGAUGAGGAGGAGGAGGAGGACUAGUGGGCAGGACGAACGGCAAAAUCCCGUCCAACAUGGCCAGCCUGAGACUUAAGGUCCACUGAGGGUUUCUUUAAAAACUGUCUUCUGGGCUCUUCGCUCUCUGCCCAGUACUUUUGUGACAACUGAAUGUAGCCAGGGUUGGGCCUCCCAUGGGCAGAAUGGCAGCCCAGGAUCCGUUUCCUGUCCCUUUCUUGGUGGCACAAGGAAAGAGAGUGAGCCAGGCUGGCUUCUCCUGCUAGGGGGAGGAGGGGAGGGUGUUCUGUGGCUUGCAGCCGAGGCCCCUCUCUGGAGACGUCCAUUCAGCAAAUUCCACCUGGACAUUUCAUGUACUUAACCAGCUAACAAUAAAAUUACUGUCUUUUUAUAGCA